CCGGUUCCGGCCUCAUUGCCUGAGUCCCGGCGCCGCCAUAACCCGGAAGCCGCGGUCGUCAUGGCAACGUUGCCUCACGACCCGCACUGCGCAUGCUCUAAGCACGCACCGCCCACUCACUGUCCCUUGACCAAUCCGCGCUCUCCAUCGCUCCCCAUCAACCAAUAGCAGUGAAGCGGAACCGGUGGAGGCGGCACCGGAAGCCGGCGGUGGAGGCAGCGCAGGCUCCGGUACCGGCUCCGGGAUGCGGCGCUGGACGGAGCCGCUCAAGGCCCGAGCCGCUCGGUACGCGCUGGAACGUUCCCUGGGCCCGUUCCUGGAGGAGCGGCUGCGGCUGGAGCAGCUCAGCCUGGACCUGCGCGGCGGCACCGGCUGCCUGCGCUGCCUGCGGCUGCGUGCGCCGGCCGUGGAUGAGCUGCUGGCGGCCGCGGGGGCUCCGCUGGAGCUGCGGGAGGGAGUCCUGGGCUCCGUUACCGUCACUGUGCCCUGGGCCUCGCUCGGAUCCCGCUCCUGCAGCCUCAGAGUCACCGGACUGCGGCUGGCGCUGCGGCCCCGGCAGCGGGGGGGUCCGGGGUCCUCUCCCCCCCCCUCGGCCCGUCGAGACCCCCCCCCGGAGCCGCCCCCCCUGGAGGGGCUGGAGGCGCUGGCCUUGACCAUCGAUGGAGUGCUGCGUCGGCUGCGGGUGGAGCUGCAGGACACGGAGCUGCGCCUGGAGCUGCCGGGGGGGGCGCUGGAGCUGCGGCUGCCGAGGCUUGAAUACGAGGACGAGGGGGGGCCGGGCCCGGGGCCCCCCCCAGUGCUGCUCAAGGGGCUGCGCUUUGGGGACCUGCGGCUGCUGUGGCAGGAGCUGCCCCCCCCCGGGGACUUGGAGGCCGCCCCCCCCCCGCUCCCGGUGGGGCUCAGCCCUGGCCCCUCCCGGCUCUCCCUGAGGCUGAAGCAGAACCAGAGCCUGCCGGGACCUGUGGUGGAGGUGCAGGGGGAAGUGGGGGCCCUGCACUUGCUGCUGCCCCCCCGACUGCUGGAGGCCCUAUGGGGGCUGCUGGGGACCUUUGACCCCCCUGAGCUGUUCUACUCCAUGACGGGCUCCCUGGGGGGGCAGAGCUCAGCCCCCCCCGAGGCUACGCCCCCCCCCAGCCCCUCCCCCAGCGCUGCGGGCAGCCCCCGGUUCCAUCCCCCAUCCCCCCACUGCUUCCCCCCACCCGGACAGGGCCCCCCCCGCCCGGGGGGGUGCUGCCUGCGGGUGACCCUGGGCACGGUGACACUGGCGCUGCCCCAGCCGGGAUGGGCCCCCCCCCGCGGGGAUGAGCAGCUCCUAUGGGGGGUGCUGGGGGGCGGCCAUGACCUGCCCAUCCCCCACCUCAGGCUGCAGUUGUGGGGCACACAGGGGGGGCUGGAGCUCGGCAGCGCGGGGGGGCCCCGGGGUCACCUCGGGGUCGCCCGCAUGGAGCUGACGGAGGAGCUGCCGGGGGCGGAGCCACACCGGUUGCAGGUGCUGCGGUUCCCCCCUGUGACCCCCCCGACCCAGCCCUGCCUGCGCCUGCGCUAUGGCCCCCCCACUGCUCCUGGCCCUGGGGAGCCCCCCCUAAAGGAGCCGCCCCCCCCUCGGGAGCUGUCGCUGGAGCUCAGCCCCAUAGAGAGCGACCUGGACCUGGGGCUCAUUGAGCGCUAUGGCUCCGCCUUCGCUGGCUUAGGCCACGCCCCCGGACCGGACACGCCCCCCGGAGAGGUGGGCGGGGCUUAA